AUGAAUCUUACCAAUUGCACAACAGAAUCCAUCACAAGCAAAUCAAAAACAGUCACUGAAAAAAUGCUUAUUUCAUUAACUUUGGCAGUCAUAACUAUACUAACUACAUUAUUAAACUGUGCCGUUAUUCUUGCAAUUUGCACUACCAAAAAAUUACAUCAGCCAGCAAACUACUUAAUAUGCUCAUUGGCUGUUACGGAUUUUCUUGUUGCCAUUUUAGUGAUGCCUUUAAGCAUUGCGUACAUAGUUAUGGAUACAUGGACCCUUGGCUAUGUCAUAUGUGAGAUAUGGCUGAGUAUUGACAUGACAUGCUGCACAUGCUCAAUACUCCAUCUAUGUGUCAUUGCACUAGACCGAUAUUGGGCCAUCACUGAUGCUAUUGAAUACGCCAGGAAACGAACAGCAAGACGAGCUGGAAUAAUGAUAUUAACAGUGUGGACAAUUUCUAUUUUUAUUUCCCUUCCACCCUUGUUUUGGAGAAAUCAUCACAAUAUAAGUACCCCAAGUAGAUGUAUAAUUCAACAUGACCAUGUAAUUUACACAAUAUAUUCCACUUUUGGUGCAUUUUAUAUCCCCUUGACUUUAAUACUCAUUUUGUACUAUAGAAUUUACCAUGCUGCAAAGAGCCUUUACCAAAAGAGAGGCUCAAGCCGACACUUGAGUAAUCGGAGCAACGAUAGUCAAAACUCGUUCGCCCAUUGCAAACUCACACAAACGUUCUGUGUGUCUGAUUUUUCCACAUCAGAUCCGACCAUGGAGUUUGAGAAGAUUAACACAUAUGCGAGAACACCACCCUAUGAUAAUGACAUAGAGUUGGUUGGGGAUCGGCAACAACAAAUAUCCAGUACGAGAGAAAGGAAGGCAGCUCGCAUACUUGGACUUAUUUUAGGUGCUUUUAUGAUAAGCUGGUUACCCUUUUUUAUCAAGGAACUGGUUGUAGGGCUUAGCCUCUGCACUGUAUCCCCUCAAGUGGCAGACUUUUUAACCUGGCUAGGCUAUGUUAAUUCUCUUAUUAACCCUCUUCUUUAUACUAGCUUCAAUGAUGAUUUUAAGUUAGCCUUUAAAAAACUUAUCCGAUGCAAAGAGCACUCUUAAAACACACAAGUAUUCAAGCACAAAGUAUGACUGACUUAUAGGCCUUAAAGAUGAAAACUAUAUAAAAUGCAAGAUUGCCUUUUUGGUAAGGGGAACGGUAAUUCAACAUUUUUAUUUUCUUUUGCUUGUUGUUGAUCUUUAUGUCCUGUUAUGUAAUGCAGUCUUCUAC